UUAGAAACUACGAUGAGAGAGAAAGAGAGAGCAAAGAGUGGCUUUUAUUUUAGUGACAUGGCCAUAUGUUUCUGUUUCAUAAAGUUAGAAAAUUAUAAUGAGAGAGAGAGAGAGAGAGAAAGAGAGAGAGAGAGAGAGAGAGAGAGAGGAGCUUCUUUAAACACAUUGGACUUGCAGUUGUGAAUAUUGAGGGUAAAAAUUGUACUUGUAGAAGUGCAUAUCAUCUGCUUCCUCUAGUUUAAUUCCCAGCUGAUAAUGGCAUUUACAGUGGAUAGGUGUGAAGAGAUGGUGUUUACUGUGGAGUCUCAAAAGGCAGCUCCUGCACCCUUCUUAACAAAAACUUACCAGCUAGUUGAUGACCCUCUUACAGACCACGUUGUCUCUUGGGGUGAUGAUGAAACCACCUUUGUUGUGUGGAGACCUCCUGAGUUUGCUAGGGAACUCCUCCCCAAUUACUUCAAGCACAACAACUUCUCAAGCUUUGUCAGGCAGCUCAACACCUACGGAUUCAAGAAGGUAGUAACUGACAGGUGGGAGUUUGCAAAUGAGUACUUCAGAAAAGGAGCAAAGCAGUUGCUAUCUGAGAUUCACAGGAGAAAAACAAUAUCCCAGCACCAUCACCAACAUUACCCUGACCAAGCAACCCAAUUUCUCCAAUCAGAAGAUCAUGGUUUUGGUUGGAUUGAUCCUCCAUUUCCAUUUCCAUUUCCAUCUCCAAAACCAAAUGUUGAUCAUAUCCUAACUGCCCUCUCAGAAGAUAACCAGCAACUGAGAAGGAAAAACUGUAUGCUUUUAUCAGAACUCUCCCACAUGAAGAAUCUCUAUAAUGACAUUAUCUACUUCAUCCAAAACCAUGUAAAACCAGUGCCCAAUGAGCAAAAAGCUUACAAUACAGUACCCAAGCUUAUAGAGCCGGGUUCUUCAUGUCAAGAUCAAACCAUUUGUUUUGGCGUUCAAAGGGCUAAGAAUGGUGUUUUGGGUAAGCAUUCAUUAACAUUUAGUACUGAGGAAUCAUCUAGUCCAGUGAAGCUUUUUGGAGUCCCUCUCAUUGAUAACAAAAGGCUGCAUCCAGAAGCGAUUGAAUAGCAGGAAUGAUAUUGUAGUGUCUCCUUUAAUUAGCUUCUACAAUAGGAUCUAGAUGUUGUCAGUAAGAUUUAUCAGAAGAGGAGCUACAUAUGUACACAAGUAGCUGAAAGUUCAGUUGGAUUUAAGCCACUUCAUGUUAAUUAGCAGCAAAAGAAGAAAUUUCUUCUUUUUUCUUUUCU